UAUCAUUUUUCUUUGGUUAAUGAGGUGGGAAAGAAAACCCAGACCAGAAGUUUAUCGUGGAUAUGGAUUCUGGAAGCUCAGUCGUCAGUGUGCGCUGUUCCGUGUUCGUCUUGUUAUGAAUAAUGCACGAAAGAGGUAUGCGCUGCAAGUGGGACACCUAAGAAAGCGACUGUUUCCGUCAAAAUACUCAUAAAAAAGGGAAAAUAAAAAGACGUUAUACUCCGACGACGCCAACCCCAUAUAAAACCCGAAAAUUAAGGUGACGAGCAGCAUUGCCCAUAAAACCCACCCGCACACAGACAAACAGUCUUACUGCCUUGCUGAAAACCACAGUUUUCAUCCCUUGGACUCCUUUUUGCUCUCGGUGAAUCCAACCCAAAGCCAAAAUGGCGAGGGAAAUUGAGAAUUUCAAGUUCGAGCACAGGCACGGGAAGGAUCGGGUGAGGGUGGGUAGGGUUUGGAGAAACAAAGACGGCCGCUAUUUCUUCGUGGAGUGGAACGUCAGCAUCAGCCUCCUCUCCGAUUGCCUCCCCGCCUAUCUCCUAGACGACAACUCCGACAUCGUCGCCACGGACACCAUGAAGAACACCGUAUAUGUGAAAGCAAAGGAAUGCUCAGAACAAAUUUCAAUGGAGGACUUUGCAAUUCUACUUGCUAAGCACUUUACAUCAUUUUACCGCCAGGUUACUGGUGCCAUAAUAAAGAUAGUGGAAAAGCCAUGGGAGCGUGUAUAUAUAGAUGGUCAAGAGCAUGAACACGGUUUUAAACUUGGAUCUGAGAAGCAUACAACAGAAGUAUUUGUAAAGAAGUCUGGUGCAUUACAGGUGACUUCUGGUAUUGAAGGGUUGGCUUUACUGAAGACAACCAUGUCAGGUUUUGAGGGAUUUAUUAGGGAUAAAUACACGGUUCUUCCUGAAACACGAGAGAGAAUUCUGGCGACAGAGGUCACAGCAUCAUGGAGGUAUUCAUAUGAAUCACUCUCUAGCAUCCCUCAAAAGCCAUAUUACUUUACAGACAGAUACCUCGAUGUGAAAAAAGUUCUGGUUGAAACUUUCUAUGGUCCUCCAAAACAGGGAGUAUACAGUCCAUCUGUUCAGAAUACGCUCCAUCACAUGGCAAAAAGUGUACUGAACAGGUUUCUUGACAUCUCAUCUGUCCAAUUGAAGAUGCCAAAUAUCCAUUUCCUACCUGUUAAUCUGAAAAACAAGGAUGAUGAAACUAUUGUAAAGUUUAAUGAUGAUGUGUAUUUACCAACGGACGAACCACAUGGAUCAAUUGAAGCUAGCUUGAGCCGCUUCUGGUCAAAGAUGUAGAAGUUGCAUGUUGUUUGAGCUUUUGCAUAAAUAAAGGCUCAGAUGUUUGUAGUACUGUUGCGCGUUAUCUCCCUUGUAAUAAAUCUCUUUUGCUUACCAAUGAACUAAAUAAAAUCUUCCUCAACAUUUUACCUUUUCUUUGGAGUGCAAGCCCAGUGGGUCAUUAUUAUAACCAAACAAGUUUGACAGGAUCAUUGUCAUAAUAAAUUGAGAGAAGGAUCGAGAGAAGAUUCCUGCAA